CAAUACUUGAAAACGUGGAGGGAAGAGCACGGCGGAGUCCAAAGCAACACGCAGCAGCUUCAGUAACAUCAUCAGGCCCUUUUUCACACAGGCACAGAGAGACAGAAAAAGAAGAGCGCGAUCCUUCCACGAUAGAGAGUGAUGUCGCUGAAAAACAGCAACGCAGUGGCCGUGGAGAGGCGCAUGGAUCUGGCGUCGCUCUUCUGCAUGAUAGGGCGGCACGGUCCCGCCGUGGCCGUCGCUGUCAUCGCGAUGGUGUCCGUGCUGGCGGGUUUCAUCAUCUACCGGACCGUGAGGGGGAAACGGAGAAAGGCCACUGCUACAGGCGCAGACAGCGACGGCCACCCCCCCGGAGAGGAGAGAGACGCAUCAGGGAUCCAACCAAACCUGGAGGAAGACCACAGCAACGUGGAGGCAACAGAACUGAGUGAUGAAGGCUUUCCAGGUGUGAAGAAGGCUGUUGAUCUGAUUCAGAGUGAUCACAAAGUCAGGCGUCGCUGUACUGCUGCUGAUCCUCCUGCUGAGAAAAAACCUUCACCAUAUUUUUUUCCUCACGAUGAUAUCCCAGUACUGGAAAGCAAGCACACCUUUCCAGAUGGCCCAGUGGAAAUGUCACCUGUGGGGGACUCUUACAAUGUAACAGACACGUAUGCUAAAGAGGUCAGUCAUAGCCUGCACAGUAACGCUUACGCUGAGGCUGAAAAGGUGGUGAAGGAUGGAGUCGAUUGCGAUCACACUGCAACAAAUGAAGUUAUCGAGGAUGUUGUAGAAGAGGUCCAUGAUGUUAAUAUCUGUCUGAAGGAGCCAGUUGUUGAUGAGAGCAGUAACGAGGAGAAGGUAAUGAAGGAGGAGUACCAGGAUGAAGAGGAUGUGAUCACAGAUGAGGCUGUUCCUGAGGAGAAAACCGGACAAGAGGAGGAAACCAGUCGUAUGGGUGAAACUACUGAUGCUGACAGAUUGCAAGAUAAUGUUACCAUAGUUGAGACAAACAGUGUUUUGGAAGAACCUGUUCUUAUGGAAGAUGCACCUGUCUCCAUUAUCUGUAAUGUCAAAGAAGAGGAGUUUGAACCACAGGAUCCAGAGAGUGUUGUUUUCAGUGAUACUGGCAAUAGUUGCCGCUCUGCAAAAGAGCAAAAGAAAACGGAGUGCGAAGAGGCAGAGGAGGAGUGUGAAGAUUAUCAGCUUAUUCCUCAACAAGCUGUGAUUCAGCCGUCAACAUUUGAAGAGGAAAUAAAUCUGCCUUGUACAAAGCAGGACCAGAGUGAUCAUGUGAUGGAUGAGGUGAUUCCUCCCAUUAAGAGUAGUGAUGGGGUCGAAUAUAGUGAAGUUACAGAUAAAGACAACAUGGACAACCUGCCAGCUGUCGACAAUCAAGAGGAGGAUGUUCUUUUUGACAGUGACGAUCAAGUGAAGGAGGAAAAGCUGGCAAUAGAUGCCAUCAUCGCUUGUAUUGACGUCACCGCUAAUGCUACAGCUCAAAUCUCAGGCAUUGCAGAUUGUUCUGACUUUCCAUCAGAUAUUCAACAACCACCAGAAGAAUAUAAAAUGACCCCUUCCAUAGAUGAAGAUGACAAUUUGGCUACUCCUGGGCCUCUAAUGCAAUCACAUGAUAUUGAAAGUCGGCCUGAAAACAAGGAAAAUUGCCCAACAGGGAAGUUGGCUGCUCCCAAUUUAGCUACAAGUGAUGCUGAAAAUGUCACAUCCCCUGAAGAAAUAUCUUCUUCUCAUGUGUCCUCUUGGGACAGAGAGAAGCAAAGUGUUCAAAUGAUGAAUAAUGACAUGCUUGGCCAGGAAGGUGUCGCUUAUACAGCUGAAAACACAACGUCCUCUUUUCCUCAUAUGCCAUCAACUUGCCAAGACCACAAAAGUGACCAAAUGGGAAAUGAAAACUUCGAUUUAGUGGAUCCUGCUGCUUCUGAUGCACCUGAUUGCAAUGUUUGCCCUCCUGCACCUUUAUUGGCUGAAGAAGUUUCAUUUCCUGAUGUGUCAUUUUCCUACCAAGAUCAAAAGAUUGAUACAGAACAUUUCAAUGAGACUUCUGCUUCUAAUGCACCUGCUUGCAAUACUAGCCUCACUGCACUUAUGAUACCUUCCUUCCAAGAUCAACUAAGUGAUCACAUAAAAAACACUGAAACUAUUGAAGAGAUAAGCAUUAGUUCUGCCACUGAUACCCCUGUGUUUGACAAGGCUGGCUUCACAUCCACUACAAUAUCUGAAGAAAUGUGCCAGUCUGACAUGUUGUAUUUCUGCCAAGACCAGCUGAGCGACCAAGCGAUGAGUACCGAAGACUUUUCUGAAGUAACAGGCAGUUCUGCUCUUGUCAUGUCUGUAGACUUAAGCUCUAGCACUUGUCCGAUCUACGUGCCAUCUUUUGAGCCAAGUGAUCUUGGUUACAGUGACCUGUCAUCUCCAGGUGUUGGUAAAGAAAGUGGCAUUUCAAGCAUGGCUGUCAGUCCUGAUUUGCAAGGUGCUGGUAAUGCAUUUGACGUGCUUGUUGAAAGUAUGGUGGAGGGUGAUCUUUUGUCUGCCGCCCAGAUAGAAUCCAAGAACGACCUCUUGACUGAUGAUAUGUGUUACAAUCAUGAUAGAAACACAGCCGGUAUGGUUUUUGGCCCCUACCCAACACGCCAGCCCCAGCCACCCCACAUUGAGCAGACAAAUUGGACUGGUUAUGAAUCCUUUGCAGCCAAUGAGGAUACGUUUGGCCAUCAGAUUGAGGAUCAUUACCACAGAGAGAUGGAUCAGUUCAUGGCGCAGAUUGUUGACAGUAUUACGAGCCUCGCUGAUGGGCUGAAAGAGGAGACGGACAUGAGAGCUGUUGUCGAGGUUGAAGAGAAGAAAGAGAAGAAAGAGAAGAAGGCACAAGUAGGCGUUGGAAAGAAAGUGGAAACAAAAGCAGAAGAGGAGGAGGAAGUUGUAGAACUUGAAAAGACUGAGAUUAGCAUCAUGGAAGCAACUAUGGACAAUAAUGAAUGGAUCACAGAUAGUAACUACCAAGUCCUUCCUUGGAUGAAUAUUUCAACUACAUCCAUUGACCAAGACAUCACAAAGAACGACCAGCCUCCCAGUGAACAGUGUGCUGCUGUAACAGAUGUCUCUUGUAUAGAUUCACCCGAUGAUGUACCUGCCACUGAAGUCAAACAAACCAGCUCUCCCUCCCUUGUUGACGACAACUAUGAAAAUAGCAAAAAGGUUCUCGCAGUCCAGCCUAUGCCCCAGAAUGUAAACGUAACCUUCCGGGUCCAUUAUGUCCCCCAGUCGCCAUACCAGACGGUGGCUGUCACAGGAGACCAGCAGGAGCUCGGGAACUGGAGGGAAUUCGUCCCACUUGAGAGGGCCAAGGACGGGCACUGGGCCACCGUGGUCAGCCUGCCCGCGGAGAGCCAUGUGGAGUGGAAGUUUGUGCUGUUGGAGAAGGGGGAGGUGUGUCGCUGGGAGGAGUGUGGGAACCGCCUCCUUGAUACAGGCUCUGGAGAUGACUUGCUUGUGCACAAAUGGUGGGGAUUUUUGUGAGGCAGGUGAGGUCAGUCAGCUUUAAUUGCUGGAUGCCGGACCAGAUUAGAUUAGUAUGUAUUUACAGCCUGUCACAAGACCCACAUAUGAAUACAGUGCAUUAAAAUGACAAGUAAUAGUCAGUUUUACUGUAUCAAAAUAAAUACAACCUAAUAAACACUGAUUUGUUAAUCCACAGGAACAGUAAUUUUUUUGGUCUCACUGCAGUAGUAAAGUGAUUACAUAUCUUUGUUUCAGUCCUGAAGACACUGGGUUGUGUUGUUUUGGGCUUUUCUGGAAUUUUACACAAUUAUCUACACCAACAUUUUACUGACUGAACAUUCAGCCAUUUCAUCUUUUGUUGAAGCUCGUCUUAGUUUUCAACAUGCACCUCUCUUGCACCUAGUUCACAUUGUAAGAGCCUUUUAAAGUAAGUUUGACUACUUAUAAAGACAUACUUAGCCUAGAUUCCCCGGUGGAAUUUGACCUGCCAAUUUACACUGCAGUGAUUACUGGGGUAAAACGGUAAUCUCAUGGGAUUGCCCUAUUUUGGCAGUUGAUUAAAUGGAUGUUUCACUGGACUCAAAGUUUUGCAAUCAAAAGUGAGAAGUAUUACAUAAUAUGCCUUCAGUUUUUCAGUGGCAAUGAUUAUGCAAGCUGCACCUCCUUAAAAAUGUGUGACUCAAUGCAAGUGUUGAACUGUAUAGAGUUUCUUAUGUCGUACGUAUGCUGCUUGAAUAAUCCCAAUGAUCUAUGAUAAUAAUUGCACAUAGUUCACUUUUAUUACAGCAAUAAUCAAAGCAAAGCAAUAUUUCUGUAUGCUGUUUGACUCGUGUUAUAUCAGGUAUUCUAAUGUGUCCACCACUAAACUGUGAUAUAGUUGUAACUUUGAUGCUGCGCUUAUCUCCUGGGACUGCAUGCAAUAUUGUUGCUGUUCUAUGUUGUUGUUCUAUGUGCCUUUGAAACAUAAUUUUCUAUUAAUGUGGAAUAAUGCAAACAGUAUGUAUUUCUCAAAAAACACAUUACUGGUCAUUAUUAUUAUCGUUAUUGAUUUUAUUUUAUUUGUUAGAAUUUUAUUGAUUAACUAAUGCCACUAUUUUCUUGACAAUGAUGCUGUCAGUUUGGUAUCAAUUUUCAAUUCUUAAUCUGUUUAGACUAUAAUCUCUAUGUGUCAGAUCAUAUCAGAGCAUUUUAUAUGCAAUACUGUGAUGGUAAUGCUAAUGUUGAAUGUUAAUAUUAAUAUUAAUGUGAAGUUGUUUAAAAAUAAAGAAAUCUUUCAUA